AUGGUUGACAGAUCAUCGGUUUUCUACUAUUAAUUCUAUAAUAAUUUAGACAAUAUUAAUAUCCUCAAUUUUUUUUUUGUAAAACAAUACUUUCAAGAGUUUACUUGUAAUUACUUGGACAUACUUAUAAACUCUAUCCAUAUUUAGUUUAUCUAUGAUAUAUAUUGAACAAUACUGGUAAGUUAACCUAAAAAGUCAUCAUGGUUCCCCCAAUGACAAAUUUAGUAAAAAAACAAAGUUGGAGUGAAGUAAAUAAAUUAAGAAAAGAAGAAAGGAAAAAAUGGAAAGAACAAAAUUUAGCCAAGAAAGUCGAGAAGAAAAAACUAAAGGAAAUCGUUGAAAAUGAAAGAGAAAAUAAAGAUGUAAAAAUACAACAAGUUUCGACGCUUUCGAUAGCCGUUCCAGGUUCUAUAUUAGAAAACGCGCAAUCACAGGAACUUCGGACUUACGUAGCAGGACAAAUAGCGAGAGCAGCGUGUAUAUUUCAAAUAGACGAAAUAAUUAUAUUCGACGAUUAUGGAGACGAAGCAUCCGCUAAAAAAUCAACUUUAGAUAAUGAAAACGGCGGGGUAUCAGCUAGACAUUCUUGCAUACAACUAGGAAGGAUUCUACAAUAUUUGGAAUGUCCGCAAUAUCUUCGAAAGCAUUUUUUUCCCAUACACAAAGAUCUUAAAUUUUGUGGAUUGUUAAACCCUCUAAACGCUCCCCACCAUUUAGCACCCAACGAAGAAUUCUUAUUCAGAGAAGGCGUAGUAUUGAAUAAACCCUCUAAAAACGGUAAAGGCUCCUUUAUUAACGUAGGUUUAUUAAAAGAAGUGCACACAGAUAAAUUACUAACUCCGGGAAUCAGAUGUACGGUUAGAUUAGAUCUAAAAGAACAAUCUAGUAAAAAACUGAAAGGUACCGUAGUUUCUCCCAGUGUACCGCGAAAAGAAACGGGGGUUUAUUGGGGAUACACGGUCAGAAUAGCGACGAAUUUAUCCAAAGUAUUCACCCAAUGUCCGUAUAAAGAAGGAUACGAUCUAUCGAUAGGUACAUCUGAUAAAGGGGAAUCCGUAGAUGAAUUCGCGUGUCCUUCGUAUAAACAUCUUUUAAUCGUAUUUGGGGGCGUUCGAGGUCUCGAAAUGGCAUUGGAAAACGAUCCAGUACUAGACGCCGAUGAUCCCAAGUUACUUUUUGAUAGUUAUUUAAAUACCGUCCCCGGGCAAGGUUCGAAAACCAUUCGAACUGAAGAGGCAGUUUUGAUUAGCCUCGCAGCUUUGAGAUCUAAGCUAAACCCCGAAGUUAGACCGGUUAAAAUGAACGAACAAGGAUUAGUUAAUAGGGAUGAAAUGGUAGUUGAAGAAGAGGAUCCUAUGAGUAGAUUUGAUUAAAAUGAUUUUUUUUAUUAAACGUUUUUAUAAAAAC